AAACAACAAAAUGAACAAUACGCAGCUACAAUCGUACGUAUGUAUAUAUAGGAAUAUUGAUAACAACCUCACGACCUCGAGACCACACACGGCCCGACAAAAAUAUUUAUAGUAUCAUAUUAUAGGAUGUCAGACAGAACCGGAGUUUUCGCAAGCAAAAAUCCGAAACACUGUCGUCGUAUUUCCGAAACGACUGGAGCCGAAUUCAAUAUGACGACGACAAAUCGUUCAGAUUAUUUGUGGCCGGUACCGUCAGGAAACCAUCGGAUUAUCGACUGGAACCGAUUCGAGUACAAAAAGCGACAACCACGGAUCGCCACCAAAGACCUUCCGCCGACGUUUCGCAACUAUGAUACUAUGAGCUUAGUACCGGACUCGGAAAAAUUUCCUUUCGAUUUUUUUUUCUUGCCAAAAGGCGACAACAGUCGUUACCCAUCACAGGUAACCAACAAAUACUUGAAACUUGUUUUUUAUUUCAAUACUUACGUAUAAUAUUUGACUGUCAAAAUUAAAUAUUCGAUUUAAAAAAUAAUCAUCGGGAAAUAGUUUUUGAACCGAGGCGGAAAAAUAAAACGCACAGAUAAGAAUAAUAUAGAAUAAUACAUCAUACAUAGAUAGGUAACACCCGUAUUAAAAUUCGUAACCACGAGAAGCACUCCUGAUAUAGUUGUAAAACAAUAAUCUAUUACACAUUCUAUAUACACGUUCUUCCACCUCGGAUGAUUUUGUACUAUUUUGCUUUAUACUCCAUGAAUGGAAUAAAUCAUAUGCAUAAGGAUCACAUUUAUCGACAGUUUUAACAGCUCAUUUUUACGUCUGUUUUCACUUUUAUCAAUAUCUGAGUUCUCUUGGCAACAAGAGGAAAAUACGAUUAAUAUACUACUCAUAAUACGCUCAGAAUCGUUUUUUCGUUUGCACUUAUUUAUAGUUGUAUACAUUAUAUAAACAAAUUAUUCUGUAUAUCAAACUUUUCCACCUACCCAUUUACAACAAUGACCUACCCGUGAGUAUUGUUAACUUUUUUUUUUUAUUUAGAUAAUAUAAAAUAUCAAUAAUGUGAAAAGAAGCAUUCAAAUUUUAUUAUAUCAUACAUAGAACUAUACAACGUAUAAAAUACAUAAUUCAUAAUAUAAUGCGUAAACAUACAAACAUAAUUCCAAUCUGUGUUCUUUCCGAAAAGGGUCUGCACGGAGUACCUUUUUAUAAAUAAUUGGGGUUGGACAAAUGCAUCGUUAUUAUGUACAUCUACGAAAAUAUACGCUCCAGAGAAAAAACGAAUAUCGUCCUAGCAAACACUACCCCUUAAGCCGUUUUCAAUGUCUUCUAUAUUCUUCGAUAUACCGGGGCUGUACUGUGAUUAAAUUCUUAUCAAAUUAAAAUUUAGGUACAGUAAAUAAAUAAGGGAAUCAAUUCAAGUUGAAUUAUACUGACUUUGGAAAAAUCACGACUAAAUUAUAUGUGAUAUUUUCAAUUAAUUAAUAAAUACGCGAAUAAAACUGUGACGAUAUUUUAUUUCAUUAGAUUUACAACCAAAUAUAAAAUAAAAUACAUUAAAUACACGGAAUUAUUAUUCUUAAAAUAUAGUAAAUAUACGUAUAUUUGUCUAAUCAUUUUUUUCUCCGAUUCGCGAGUGUAUAUUAUUUAUUUUUGAUAAUAUCAAUAAUAUUACGUAGUACGAAAAAAUAUUUUUAAAAAAAAAAAAGUUUCUUUGUGCACGUUUCACGCCUCACUGUUAUCUAUGUACAGUGUGCAAGACGAAAUACAGACACCUGAAAUAACCUAAAUUAAUGUAUUUUUUUUUAGAUAGGGAACUUAAAAUAAUACAUUUUAAGUUUUACAAUGCUUCUUUUUAAACAAAUUCAAAAUGCAGUAUUGUAAAGUAGAUUUAUACGCAAUUUUUGGUAAAUUUUUUGGAAAGAUUUAUUUUGGUAUGGUCAUUAUUUUUUAUAAUUUUUGAAUUUGUACUGAAAUUGUGAAUAUUGUUUUUGCCUAUAAUCUGUUACACUAAUUAAUUAUUAGUCUGAGCAUACAAAUUGGCAAGGAUUUUUUUCCAUGGGUAUUAUCAUAUUCGUGUAAUUUUAAUAAAUUAAUGUUAUGAUUGAAAAGAAAAUUAUUCACAUUAAUUAUAAUAAUAAUAAACGUCUUUGUCUCCACUCAAAAUCUAAAAUAAGAUAAAUAUAUAUAGAUACAUAGAUUUUCAACAAAAGUAGGCAAUAAGCAAUAAUAUACGUAAAACAUGUUUUUGAAUAACUAACUAAUUUAAUUUUGGAAUUUUUAUUUUUUUUAAAUGUAUUAUAUUAAUUUACAAUGGGGUUUUUUGCCAAGCCUUCUUUUCAAUAUUUAUAAAAACAUUUUCUUAAGGUACCAAUAACUGUAUUUUUUCCUGGGGUUUUUUUUUUCUUCGUCGGGGCUUUUUUCCUUAGAUGAUUUUUGGUCAAGGGCUUUUUUUCCUGGGGCUUUAUUAACCUCAAUUUCUAAUGAUAGUUAUCAAAGUGGGUAGAAAUCAAUUAUUUAAGCAAGUGAACGAUCGUAAGAUUGUAUACUGCCAAUCUAUUAAUAGUCUGUAACAUUGCCGUUUAUAAACAUAUUAUACUUUUAUAACUAAUAAUUUAUAAGUAUAAUUAAAGUUAGAAUUUUGCCCCCCUCCUGGAAGACGAGCUGAAUACGCCCCUGUCUAAAAGAUUAUUUAACAAUAUUUUUUUAUUUUUCAAUGUAACAAAUGUCAAUGAAGUUUCACAUGAUACGAAGGUAUAAUUUAUUAUGAUAUAAAUAUAUUUGUAUUAUUAUUAUUAAUAAUAAACAAUAAUUAAAUAAAAAUAAGAUAUUUAAAAAACUAAAGAACGAAAAUAAUAAUCUAUACAUCUAUAAUACAUAGCUCUUUCAUUUUACAGCUCGACAUAAUCCAAUUUAACCUAGGUACGUACUCGUAUAAAUCAGUUUUUGUGACACGUCGUAUAGAAAUAAUGUAUUGCUUCUGUCGUUAUGUACGGGACCUGAACCGUCAUUGUUCGGCAAUCUGCGAUAAUGAGCACAAGAUAUUGUAUGCUUAAUAGUUAAUUCGUGAGUUAUGAAUGCUCGUGAUUUACAUACCUACCUAAUUAAUGUGACUGAUACACAAAGCCAACCAGCCAAGUGAUGUAUAAUUUAAACACAUAUUAUGCCGAUAUGUACGAAAUAUUAAAUUAACGCCCAUUUAGUCCAGCCGAGUGUCAACUUGUAUUAAAAUGGUAAUUUUUUGCCUGUAUAAAUAGAUAAAACAAAACAAGACGUGUCAUAAAAAUAAGAGAAAUAAGAGUGAACCUUUUGGCGUUUUGUAUUUUUCAUUUCUAAUAGCUCAACUAUUUUCGGGUAUUGGAACUAGUUUGUGUGUAUGUGUUUUUUACAGUUUGAUGUUUUUGAAUAUGCCCACGAUGUUUUAAUGCAUACAUAACAGAUUUAUUAAAAUUCAGUUUUUACUGGAAAUUAAUAUAUUAUAGUAUAUAAAUACAUAAAUAUCAUAUUUGUUCAAUGUUCCUCAAAUGCAUCGUAUAUAAACGAUUAUAUAAUAAUUAAUAUUUAGACAAAUAGGGUAGUCCAUUUAAGUGGUUUCGCUUGAUAUUUCAAAAAAAAUCGACUUUUUUCUUCUGGAUCGAUGGAUAAUUUAUCAUUUGUUAACAACGUUCCCACGUUUUUAAUUAUAACAUGCAUACAAAAAAAUACCGAUACCGGUGAUAGGUGUAUCACUAGAAAUACAGUAAAGAGCAAUUUAAAUUAUAUAUUUACGCAACAAUAAACCUUUGUAAACGAAAAAUGAUUUUAAGUAUAGUAUUAUUAGCCAGUGACGUAGUCACGAGGGGAGCUAGUGGGCCAUGCCCCAUUGGCCGUAUCACGGAUUAAGAUAUACAGAACUGGAAACAACCCAGCGGACUCAAUGCACAACGCUAACUGGUUAUAACUAAUACUGGUAUAUAACUUUGUUCUUAACGCCAUCGCCAUCUCGGUACAUUUGUAAAAUUAUGCUCAUUUAACAUUUAUCACACCAGGAGAACUGAGUAUAUCCCUAAUUUGUAUACUAUAGAUACUUAAAUAACCAUAUUAUAUAUUUUAUUCUAAUCCUUUUUUUUUUUUUUUUGUAUAAAAUAUACUUGAAUAGUUGAAAAAACAAUUGAUUUAAAUAUCAUAAUCUAACAAUAUUGAAGUAAGUAAGCAUUUAGACUAAAUUAUUAGAAGCUAUAGCUUCCUAUUGUGUGUUAGUGUUAUAUUAAUAACAUAAAAAUGAUAACAAUAUAGAAUAGAUAGUGUAUUUUGAACUUAUACCUACUUCAAAAAUUCAAAAUAGGUAAUCAGUUUCAUACAAACAUUAUUACUGACACUAUUAUCCAUAUAAAUACUUACUGUAAUGUAAUUUACAAAAUAAUAUGAAUUAAAAUUUAAAUUAAAUCAAAUAAAAUAAAAUAGUACCAACAAGAUGGUGUAAGAUGAUUUCAAGUUGUAAAAAUAUAAUUUUCUUUUAGAGCUUUGAACAAAGUACUUUUUUAAAUUAAUUAAUUUACACUACAUCGUCUAGGCAUUUUUAAAACAGAUUUAAAAGGAUUAGUUCAUAAAGUAUACACAACACAAGAGUACAAGAUAAUAUUUACACAUGCAUCUUACAGUAGAGAUGGACAAAAAUAGAUGACUAAUAGAUGCAGCGAAGCGUAAGACAUUCGGCUCAAACCCCGCACUCUGCCAACCCAUUCGUUUCCAGUCCUGUAUAUCUUAGUCCGUGGUGUUUAUAUAUUUUAUAGUUUAUGAUGAUCUUUGAACCUGGUUUAUAUUUCAGAUAUCAGCGACUGCACAUAUUCUGUGGUAACCUAACCAAUUUUGAUUAAAACACAAAUUUAUUAUUCAUUGACUUUACACACAUAAUAUUAUUAUAAUACCUAUGUAGGAAAUGAAUUAUUUAUUAUUUGAAAUGUAAUGCAUUCGUAAUCGUAAACUCGGUGAAAAAAUCGAAUGUAUUUGAUUUCAAUGCGUCGAAUUCCAAUUUCCAAACAUUUGUAGGGCUCGUGAUAAUCAAUAUUUGGAUAUUUUUAGAUUCCGAGAGUAGCGAUGGAACUAUUGGUUUUACUAAGAUGUUUAUUAUUUUUUAUUUCUUCUAGCCUGUGGACACGUUUUUUUCUAGUAAACGUCCUCCGAUUUUUAAGUAUAGCAUUUUUUCUGAAAGCUGAAGUUAUCUAGAUGAUAUUUUUCAGAGGUCAUUUUUUAAUUUUCGAUGCCAUUUUUUAAAUAAAAGCACUAAAAUGAGAAAAAACAUAGGAAAACAUAUAAUUUCACAAUUUCAUUAUUUUAUAAAAACACGGACGUUUUCUACCAGAAAAAAUGAUUUAAUUGAAAAAUCACAAGAUACCUUUUUUGUUGCCUUAUGGAUUUAAUUUCUAAUGAUAUCAUUGCUAAAACUUUUAAGCCACUUUUGAGCUAAGAAUUUUAAUUUUUGGUAUUUUUUUUGCUAUAAUUCGGUUAUAAAUACACCCAGAAUCUUGAAACUUGGUAAUAAUACUUGGUAAUAUUAUAUUGGACGUACCUAAACGUAGUAAAAUUUCCAAAAUCAUCGGACGUCUUUUUUUUUUUUAAUAACCGUUUUAAAAUCAAAUUUAAACGAAAAUCGCAAAACAAAAUUACGGUAAUUCAAAUUAUGUAUUAUCGAACUACGCUCGGAAUCGUCUUUCGUCAAACAAUAGUUUAUGCUUACAAAAAUAAAUGAAAUAACCUUAUGUAUUCUACCUUUCCAACUUCUCUAACAGUGCUCCUAUCCCCAGUAUCAGCUCUUUUUUUUUUUUAGGUUUUUGUACGCAGGUAUAAGCAAUGUACAAUAUAUAUUAUACAAACCUUAUUAUGAUAUUCUCGUUUUGUCUAUUAGUCAUCUUUCCUAUCGUGUAUAGAUUCGUUGCUGUGAUAUUACCAGUAUCAAUAAUGAUAAUUUAAUUGAUAUUAAUAUGAUUUUAUUAUAUCGUAAUCUACCGAUAAAAAGAUUAAUAUUUACAAAUACGUAAAUCCUCCUCACUUGUUCAAUGCAAUACAUAUUAAUAGCAAAUAUACACGAUGAGAUUUAGUGAUCCUCCACUACCUCAUUCCUUCCACUCUCUGCCUUUUUUAUUUUUAUAUUAUGUACCUACGUAAUUCUGUACGUAAAUUUAAAACUACUUCCUCACAAGUAAAUUUGUUACCAAUGAUAAUCUUCCUCCCAUUGAUAUACUAAUAUGCAUUUCAUACAGGCAUUGAAUAUAAUAUUAUGUAUGUCAUUUAAGAUUCAUUCACACAUAAGAUAUCAUUUAACACCGUUUAGAGAGUAAAUUGUAAACCAAAAAUAUACAGCUAAAAAAAGUUUGGUGCCUGUGAAAUAAAGAAAAAUAUAAAGAAUUUGUGUUUCAAAAAUAAUAAAUUACUUUGCAUAGAUAAAUUAUUAUACAUCGUCAUAAAACUAAGACUUUUUUUUGAAAAUAACUGAUUACCUACAAUUUAUUUCUUAACAAAUUUUUUAGGAAAAUUUCUAUUCUCACCGAAAUUCCCAAUUUCUCGUAAAACCCUUAUUCCCCCUAGAGUUGUUGAUACAUGUUCCAUAUUGUACAUUUUAUUCCUUUGUCUAGACCAUAAUUAUCGAAUAAUUAGUAUUACUCCUAGAAAUAAAUUUAAAAAAUAAUAUUACAUACAUUUGGUGUUAUAUUAUUAAUACAUUGUAACCUUGCGGUUAUUGUGUUUCAGGAUGAGUUGCCACAACCGCAGUUAAACAAAAUUAUAAAACCUGCUAAAAAUUGGCAGCGUAUCGCCGUCAAAUGGGAUGACUUACAGAGACGUAUUUUUGGCGGUCGGACUAUAGACUGACCAAUAAAAUUCAUAUAUGUACCUAGGUGAAUUAUCGUGUACGGUCCGAUAUUACGCAGUGAAUUAAUUAAAUAAUUUACACUUUUA